UGCAUAAACAUCCACAGUCUAUUUAUAUGUUAUAACAGAAAUGAAACACCGUCGACUGAUAAAUAAUUAAAUUAUUUCAAUGAACGCAUGAGAAAGUUUGUUGGUUAUAAUUCAUAAGCAUAAGAAAUCUGGAGUGCGGCGGUAUAGCUUUUUGACAAUGGAGCUUGUAAUUUUUAAUUCGUUUUAACAACAACGAAUGGGACAGACCAUGUCGUGGAGAAUUAUACAUUGAAAAAUUGUAAAGAUAUACAAUCACGUAAACAAACAAGAGCCGUGUAACAUGCUCGAUUAAAUACCGGCUGUACUCCGUAAAUGGGUUGUUACACGCAACAAAUGUAUGAAUGAUUUGUAAUUUGUUAAAAAAAUGUCGAAGCAAUGGUUAUCGAACUUCGUAUUAGCUGGUACUAUUAGAUUUCUAUUAAUGAACUCUGGAUACCAAAAAGUUAUUAGCGAUCGUGUGGAAGUCUCUACUGCGUUAAAUUCUUGGAAAAGAGUGACUGAAGGUGUUCAUUUAUACAAUUUUGGCAUUGAUCCUUAUACGGGUGAUUUAUUUCAUGAAAGUCCUAUCGGUUUAUGUAUUUUUGAUCUCUUACAACGUCAUUUACCUCGAUGGACUCUGUUCUUCUUAUUUAUAUUUACUGAUUUAUUGACUGCCUUACUCCUCGCAUUUACAGCAAAACAAUAUGCAACUGAAUUGGUUUCUAAAAAGAAGGAGAAGAUAGAUGAUGAGAAUAUAGAAAGUCAAAAUGAUGGUUCCGAGAUAUCUACUUCCAUGAUGUAUGUCUCAGCAGGAUAUUUAUUUAAUCCAUAUAUAAUACUAAACUGUGUUGGACAUACAACAACAGUAUUUACAAAUUUAUUAUACUCUGUAGCAUUGAUUUCAAUGACAAGAUCUUCCAUAUUUGGAAGCUGUUUGUCAAUUUCAUUAUUGACAUUACAAGGACUUUAUCCUGUGUCACUCAUGGUACCAGCAGUUAUUUAUAUUGCUCGUUCCAAGAAUACAAAACAAAAAAGAAACAUUAUAAUUUUUACUAUUAUGGUAUUCGCAAGCAUGUUGACAGCAUUACUUUGCAUUUCCUAUUAUAUCAUGGGAAGUUGGUCGUUCGUUUGGAGUACAGUUGGCUUUAUUUUAACAGUACCCGAUUUGCGUCCGAACAUAGGACUAUAUUGGUACUUUUUUACAGAAAUGUUUGAGCAUUUCAGAUGGCUCUUUAUUGCUUCUUUCCAAAUAAACGUCAGUUUAUUGUAUAUAGUACCGUUAGCAUUGAGAUUACGACACGAUCCAAUGCUACUAGCAUUUUCCUAUUUAGCAAUUGCUGCUAUAUUUAAGUCCUAUCCGUGCAUAGGAGACGUUGGAUUUUAUAUGUCUCUUUUGCCACUUUGGAAACACUUGUUUCAAUAUACACAACAAGGAUUCAUUGUAGGAUGUUUCAUGCUAUUUUGCACAGUUUUUGCACCAACUGUUUGGUACCAGUGGAUUUAUUCCAGAUCGGCAAAUGCAAAUUUCUACUUCGGAGUAACGCUGGCGUUUGCUAUAGCACAAAUAUUUCUGUUAACAGACAUUCUUUUUGCGAGUGUAAAACACGAAUUUGCGAUCCGUCAUGGUAUUAAUAAAGAUGUUAGCGGAAGUAAGGCAAAACUACUUUUAGAAUAAAGUUGUAUCUUACGAAGUUUAGCAUUAAAACAGUUUAUUAAAGUUGCAGAA